AUGGAGGGAAGAGACGGGGCGGCGCCCGGCGGGGUAGCCCCGCUCGGUCACCUCGCGCUGGUGGCGGAGGCCUCGCGGGGCGGGGCGCCGGGCCCUCUGCCCUUUCGAUGCCGGGACCGCCCCCUCCCAGGACUGGGCCAGCGGCGGCGAGGUGAGCGGGAGCGGCGUCCGGAGCCUGAGCGGCAGCAUGAGAGCGGGCGCCGCUCCUCCCCGUGUGCGGACGCGCGGCGAGCUGCGCUGCCUGCCGGCUCCAUGGGGCUGUCGUGGCGCCCGCUGCGCGCGCCGCGAGGGCUCAGGGGGCUGCCCCGUGCAGCCUCAGCGCUGGUGGCCGCUGGCCUGCUGGGCACUGCGCUGGUCGCCUACGCCUGCUGGGGGCAGCUGCCGCCCCUGCCCUGGGUGUCUCGGGCGUCGCCACGGCCGGUGGGCGUGCUGCUGUGGUGGGAGCCUUUCGGGGGGCGUGGAGACGCCCGGAAGCCGCCCCCCGACUGCUGGCUGCGCUUUAACAUAAGUGGCUGCCGCCUGCUCACCAACCGCUCGGCUUACGGGGAGGCGCAGGCUGUGCUGUUCCACCACCGUGACCUGGUGAAGGGGUCCCCCGACUGGCCCCCGCCCUGGAGCCCCCAGAGGCAUACAGCGGAGGAGCUGGAGUUGCAAGUAUUGGACGACGAGGAGGAAGCGGCGUCCAGAGCUCUGCAUUUCUCGGCCCCCAGGCCACCUGGCCAGCGCUGGAUAUGGAUGAACUUUGAGUCGCCCACCCAUACCCCUGGUCUGCGAAACUUGGCCGGCAACCUUUUCAACUGGACACUCUCCUACCGGGCCGACUCAGACGUCUUCGUGCCUUAUGGCUACCUCUACCCCAGGAGUCACCCCAGCGACCAGCCUCCGGGCCUGGGACCGCCGCUGGCCAGGAAGCAGGGGCUGGUGGCUUGGGUGGUGAGCCACUGGGACGAGCGCCAGGCCCGUGUGCGCUACUACCACCAGCUGAACCAGUAUGUGCCCAUCGACGUGUUCGGCAAGGGCGGCCCUGGGAGGCCUCUGCCCGACAGUGGGCUCCUGCACACCGUGGCUCGCUACAAGUUCUACUUGGCCUUCGAGAACUCCCAACACCUGGAUUAUAUCACGGAAAAGCUCUGGCGAAAUGCACUGCUGGCAGGGACGGUGCCGGUGGUGCUGGGUCCAAAACGUGCCAACUACGAACGCUUUGUGCCCCGUGGUGCCUUCAUCCACGUGGAUGACUUCCCCAGUGUAGCCUCCCUGGCCGCCUAUCUGCUCUUCCUGGACCGCAACCCGGCCGUCUAUCGCCGCUACUUCCACUGGCGCCGGAGCUACGCUGUUCACAUCACCUCCUUCUGGGACGAACCGUGCUGCCGGGCCUGCCAGGCGGUGCAGGUAGCUGGAAACCAGCCCACGAGCGUACAAAACUUGGCCCACUGGUUUGAGCAAUGA